CAUGUAACUUUGUGAAAGACAGACGACUGAUGGAGACAUUUUAAAAUAAACACACAGCUAGCGGCUAACUGCUAACAGGGCUCGCUAAAGUGCGAGCUCACUGCGCCAAAACCCAUUCAAAUUCUCCCAAAUUGUAAAGAAGUGCAGUACAUUUAUCAGUGCAUUGCUUAUCUAUCGCAAGUCAAAGAGGCUACAAUUUACCGAAGAUGUCCAAAAGUCUGACACUGGGAAAAGGAGAAUAUAACUAACACCGCGGUGAGCUCUAGUCCAGGCACAUUGGUCCAUGUCCGUUGGACCUUUGGGCUCUGGGCUCAACUAGUAUGAAGAUGGCUGAUUCAGAGAAGGCAGAGGAAUUUGUGGAUGCUGAGUGCCCGCUAGAGUGCCUUGAUGAAGUACAAUCAGCCACAACUCUUCAGGGAGAGCAAGAUGACCAUCUGAAAACAGAGACCACCACCAGUACCAGCUCACCACCAAGGGAAAAGGAGGCAGACAGCCCUUUGAAUACAGAGGGGGAGCAGAGUCUCCUCUCCAUGCCAUGCCUGAUGAAAGAGCUCCGCAGAGACUCUCCAGAGUCCCAGCACGCCUCUACAGGGAGUGACAAACCCGUGUCUCGUCAUAUCUAUGAGAGUGACUCCUCAAACCCCUGCAUGCUCUCCCCUUCAUCCAGUGGCCACCUUGCUGACUCAGACACACUCUCCUCAGGGGAAGAAGGUGCUGCUCCUCGCACUGGGGAAGAAGAGGGAAGCAUGGAGGCUGCAAAUGAUCCUGGAGAGGCUACAGGAAGGCAAGCAUCUGCCACGGCUGCAGGGGGUCGAAAGUCUCGGCGGUCACAUUCAGAGAGUGAGAUGCCUCCCAAUGCAAUGGCUGCAAAGAAAAACCGCUGCCAGCCCUCCAUGAUAGCAGCAGGAGGGCAAGAAAAACAAACCAAUGGCAAGCUGGCAAAAGUGAAAGGUCACCGGAGCCAGAAACACAAGGAACGGAUGCGUUUACUGAGGCAAAAACGAGAGGCAGCAGCACGGAAGAAGUAUAACCUGCUGCAGGACAGCAGUACAAGUGACAGCGAGCUCACGUGUGACUCCAGCACCAGCUCAUCCGAGGAUGAGGAUGAUGACACUUCAGGAGGUAGCAAGACAAUCAAGACGGAUAUUUCAGACGGGCCUCCAGUAGUGGGUCACUAUGAUAUUUCAGACACUGAUUCUAACCAGGAGAGUAUGAGUGUGGAGACAGUCCGGCCUACGGUGAUAAAGCAUGAGCUAAAAACACACAGAGGCCAGGAUAUGGCAGCUCACUCUGGGUGUAUAAGAGCUCUGAGCUCUAUCUCAGGCCGCGUGGAGGCAGAGCUGUCGCACAAGGAAGGUUCUCAACACAAGGGCCAGAUUAACAUUGCUUCCUCUGACAGUGAGGUGGAAAUAGUCGGAGUGCAAGAGAAAGCACGAUGUGCCCACCCAUGCGGCGGGGUGAUAAAGAGUCUGUCCUCCUGGAAGGAGAACUCAGUGGAGCAGUUAAACAGCACAAAUCAGCCACAGCUCUGGACUACUGUUUCCCCUCAGCCCAACUGGGUGUCCCCACCCGAAGUGGUGGACCUCACGCUGGAUGAGGACGCCGGACACAAAUACCUACUUUAAACUACUUGUACACUGAAGACUCCUUAUUUCUUCCUCUCACGCCUCCUCACCCCUCUUUGCCUUGCUUCCAUGUUAUGGCUGAAAUCCUUCCUAUAGUUGCGGCCUCACCUGUAACGGCUUGUGGAUUCUUCCUGCUCCAGGGCACUGUUUGUUUUUAACAUACUGUCAAACAAUCUUAUGUAUCAAAGCCAUUCUACUGAUGUGAAUCCCUGAUCUUGGCUUGUCAGCUCUGAAUUUAGUUGUAAUAAAAUGGCACAGCCCUUCAAGUGCAGGUGGAAAUGUCUGUAAGAGUGACUUAUCUGUUUAUGAUAGCAAUAUCCUACCUUCAUUUAUUACCUCAGUUACCCCUUGAUAACAGAUGUAGGUAGUGAUGUGUUGUGUGCUUGCAAGCUGUAUAGUGAAAAUUAUGUUGCUGCUUGAGAGCAGGCUGUUACCAUGACACAACUGACAUGGCUGUUGACCUGCUUCACCACAGACUCUGAACGGUAUAUUUUCAGCCUUGAUUCAGCGUUUUUAUCUUCAGACACAGCUGCGCUCAACACAGAAACAGGCAGCUGGUACACUUUCUGUUGUACAGUAGAUCAUAGAUCGAUGGCAAAGUUUGCUUUGUCACCUGUCUGUGGUCACUUUUCAAAAGUCUCACCACUGGUUUCACCUUUAGUUCAGUCUGCAUUGAUAGUUGUGCUUUUACUCUGUCCAGCAUAGGUGCAGCCUAUGCUCUGGUGCUGUCGGGAGGGUUUUGGGUAAUCCUAAAGUAAUUUUUCAACAUUUUGAGAAAUAUGCUUGUAUGCUUUCUUACCAAGGGUCAGGGCAGAAGACUGAUGCCGCUUUCAUGUCUCUGUUGAAUAUAAGGCUACAGCCAGCCGCCCAGUUAGGCAAAGCUAGCCCAGCACUGUCCGAAGGUAACAAAAUCCACCUACCAGCAUCAUCUCUCAGGCUCACUGAUUAUCUCUCUUUUUUUUUUCUUAAUCCACACAAAAACCCAAAUGUAAAAACAUUUCUGGACUAUUUCUUGGUGAGGGACAGUAACUUCUCCACUGGGUUACUCAGACAGAGCGUGGCUAGCUGCUUCUCUUUCUCUAGUCUUUGUGCUAGCUGUAGCUUCAUGUUUAAUGGAUAGACGUGAGCUCUUUUCACCAGAAAACAAGUAUGCAUGCUUCCCAAAAAGUUGUGAUUUAAAUUCAUUUUUUGUUUCUGUCACUAUCAGUACAAGUUUUUCUUUUUUUCUUUUUAAAACAGAAAGCCACUGGUCAAAAGUCGGACUCUGAGGGAAAAGUACAAACACACUACAAAAUGUGACUCAUUUCCACCCCAGCACUACUGUAUGUGGUGGUGGUGCUAUAUUGGCAAUAGCAAUUAUGUAUCUAUAUACUUUGUGUUGGAGGCCACUGAGUCUGCAAGUGUCCCAGGUGAUGUGGUUAUCAGUGAAUGUAUGAUCCUUCAGUGCUGAUUGGGUGCACUUACUGUUUGCAUGCUUGUCCUGAAUGGAUGCAAACCCCUUUAAACCUCUGGGGACCCCUUUACAACAACCAAGGAAAUGUAUUUUCCAUAGAAUACUGCAAAGAAAGAUGGCCUGAAUGCCUUGAAAUGUGCACUAUUUUCUUUUAGAAUCGUAUAAAGCUUAUUCUUUUACCUUACCAAGCAAUGGAUUUUGCUAUCUCAACAAUAAAUAUUUUAAUAAUAGAUGUGAAUUCAGCACAUAUAAAAAGAGUAAAAGUGUUGCUUGUGCCCACAUGCAGGGCCUUUAUAGAAGAGACUUUUACAGUAUGAACUGUUUUUACCCUGAUCCUGAGGGCCUGCUUUCCCUCUUCCCCUGUGGUCUUAUUUUUCUCUUCAUGCAGUACUGCAACCACGCUGGUAAUUUUUUUUUUUUUUUAUUGUUAUUGAUGAUCCAACUUGACACCCUGUUUUAACAGUUAAGAUUUGUUUUAUUACAUAUUAAAUAACACCUUCUUCCUAAAUGAUGCUUGAGAAUUGUUGAAUCAAAUUAUUUUACUUCUGCUGGUCACAGAAGGCAAGGGAAAAUCCUAAAUAUAAGUAACUAAACCAAAGUCUAAAUGGAAUUUAUGUUUUCAGUUUGUCUUCUUUCCCAAUUUGAAAUUUGCUUCCAGUCUGUUCUAUGAAAUCUGCUCUGUAAAUUUAAAUCUGUUGUGAAAUGAGGUGACAUGAAUUCAGUUUUAGACUCAACAUACGGUUUGGCAUAAUGUGAUUUAUUUAACUUUGGCCAGUUCUUUCCACUAUAUGCAGCUACCACUGUAAUGAGAAGUCUUUUCCCCAACCACUUCUGCUUGCAAAAUCCAUUUUGCUAUUGUUCCUUAGGCUUAUUAUGAAAUGUCAGUAAGACUCUUUUCGCUAGUGAUAGAGUUUGGUAGAGAAUUAGGGCAGUGCUGCUCGACUAUGGUUGCACACAGCAUGUUUGUUCACAUCUUUAACCUCAAGUCAGAUAUUAUCCCCAUUAUCAGUAAUUUAGCUUUGCUCUUCUGUUAUUUUUGUUUUUAUUUUACUGUCAGUAUUUUAAAUUAACAAAACAGGUGUUUAUUUUGUUGCUUCUGCAAGUCCUUGACUUCCUUGAAAGUAUGUCUGUAGAACAAAAAGAAACUAUUUUAAAACUAAAUAAAUAGAGCAUUAUUUAAUGAC